AUGGCGGACACUGAGAAGACCAAGGACGCGUUCACAGAGAAUGCUGGAGACAAUGACUCCCAUAUUGAGGCGGCCAAGGGAACACCCGAGGCCCUUGUGACGACUUUGGGUGUCACGGGUGGUGCUCCUAACCCUUGGGGUCGUGGACAUGUGCAGCUUUAUGCUGCUUGUGGUAUCAUAUACUUGUGCUCUACGAUGAAUGGCUACGAUGGCUCAUUGAUGGGAUCUAUCAAUGCUCUGCCCGAAUAUCAAAGCUACUAUAACCUCAAGGAAGGUGGUUCUUCAUCUACCGGGCUUGUCUUUUCGAUCUUCCAAAUCGCCCAGAUGGUCGGUGCCUUGUUCACCUGGCUUUGUGACUGGCAAGGUCGAAAACGAGUUAUGAUUGCCGCGUGCUUCGGAAUCUGUGCGUCGGCCAUCUUCACGGCUCUUGCACCGUCUUUGUCCGCUUUCAUUGGCGCUCGUUUUCUCCUCAGUUUCUUCUCGACGAUUGCCACUGUCGCUGCACCUCUCUUGCUCGUCGAGAUUGCUCCCCCUUUGUAUCGUGGAACCGUGGCUGGCACUUACAACACUUUGUACUACAUGGGUUCUAUUAUUGCUACCUUCGCUAUGUACGGAGCCAAUAAGCACCUUUCAGGAAAUCUGAAGUGGCGUCUCCCUCUCUGGUUGCAGAUGCUCUGCCCUGGCUUCGUUUGCAUUCUCGGCUGGCUCGUUCCAGAGAGUCCACGUUGGCUCGUCGCAAAAGGCAGAGUAGAAGAAGCAAAGGAAUUCAUCAUCAAACAUCACGCUAAUGGUGAUGCCAAUCACCCCAUCGUAGCCAUCGAAAUGCACGAAAUCGAAGACUCACUUGCUGGCGUUCGACUCAACUCGCCCAAAGCUUACUUUGAUCUACGAAGUCUCUUCAAGAGUCGUGCGCGUCUUUACCGACUUAUGCUGGCGGUUGCUAUGGCUUGGUUUGGCCAGUUCUCAGGAAACAAUGUUGCCAGUUAUUAUCUUCCGACUAUGGUGCAGGGCGUAGGGAUCACAUCAGUCGAUACUCAGCUGCUGCUGAAUGCUAUUUACGCUGUUACUGGCUGGAUUGCAGCAACUCUAGGCGCACGAUUGCAUGACGUAUUCGGUCGUCGAAAGAUGCUAAUGUCGUCUUGUGGUGGUAUGGCCGUAGCAUUGGCUAUUAUGGCAGCUACAACAGCAACAUACCAGAAGACCGGAGACAAGGAAGCUAGCUCUGCAAGCAUUGCAUUCAUUUAUAUCUUUGGUGUCAUCUUUGCCGUGGCCUUUACACCCAUGCAGCCUAUCUACCCUGCGGAAGUAUUGUCCAACGAUAUGCGUGCCAAUGGUAUGAUGGUUUUCCAAAUCACAGCCGGCUGCUCAAGCUUUGUGAACACAUUCGCGGCGCCAAUUGCCAUGCAAAACAUCAAGUAUUGGUUCUAUGUAUUCUUCGUGUUUUGGGACGUUUUCGAACUUGUCUUCAUUUACUUCUUCUUCGUUGAGACCAAGGGCCGUACUUUGGAGGAGUUGGACCAGGUGUUUGAGGCUCCUAACCCACGCAAGGCUAGCACUCGCAAGAUUUCUACAUAA